AGCGCUGGCGCCAGUGGUUUUGUGUGCUGUGCUGUGAGUGCUGCUGCAGGGAGCUGAGCAGAGAGCAUGGGACAGCUGGAAAACCACGACAUGGGAGCUGUAAGGAAGACCACUAGCCAUACCAUGAAUGCAGUGACCUAUGAUGAUGUGCAUAUUGACUUCACUUGGGAAGAGUGGACUUUGCUGGAUCCUUCCCAGAAGAAUCUCUAUAAAGAUGUGAUGCUGGAGACUUACAGGAACCUCACUACUAUAGGAUAUACUUGGGAAGACCAUAAUAUUAAAGAAAAUUGUCAAAGUUCUAGAAGACAUGAAAGGCAAGAAAGAAGUCAAACUGUAGAGAGACCUUCUGUACAUGCUCAUGGUGUAAAUGCCUUUGUAUAUCCCAGUACUAUUCAACUGCAUGAAAGACCAAAUACUAGAGAGAAGCCUCAUAAAUGCAAUCAAUGUGUUAAAGCCUUUGCAUAUUAUGGUCAUCUUCAAAUUCAUAAAAGAACACACACUGGAGAGAAACCCUAUGAAUGCAGUCAAUGUGGCAAAGCCUUUGCAUGGCACAGAAGUCUUCAACUGCAUGAAAGAACACACACUGGAGAGAAACCCUAUGGAUGUAAUCAAUGUGGUAAAGCCUUUGCACAAUACAGUCAUCUUCAAAGACAUAAAAGAACACACACUGGAGAGAAACCUUAUGAAUGUAAUCAGUGUGGUAAAACCUUUGCUGAUCACAGUUGUCUUGGAAUACAUAAAAUGACCCACACUGGAGAGAAAUCAUAUGAAUGUAAUCAGUGUGGUAAAGCCUUUGCAUAUUACAGUCGUCUUCAAAGCCAUAAAGGAACACAUACUGGAGAGAAACCCUAUGGAUGUAAUCAAUGUGGUAAAGCCUUUGCACAAUACUGUCAUCUUCAAAGACAUAAAAAAGCCCAUACUGGAGAAAAACCCUAUGAAUGUGCUCAAUGUGGUAAAGCUUUUGCAUGGCACAAAAGUCUUCAAAUGCAUAAAAGAACGCACACUGGGGAGAAACCCUAUGAAUGCACUCAAUGUGGUAAAACCUUUGUAUGGCCCAAAAGUCUUGAAAUGCAUAAAAGAACACAUACUGGAGAGAAACCCUAUGAAUGCACUCAAUGUAGUAAAGUCUUUGCACAACAUAGUAUUCUUCAAGUGCAUAAAAGAACACAUACUGGAGAGAAACCUUAUGAAUGUAAGCAAUGUGGUAAAGCCUUUGCAGAUUACAGUCGUCUUAAAAGGCAUAGAAGAACACACUAUAGAGAAAUUCUGUGAAUGUUUUCAGUGUUGCAAAGCCUUUACAGAUCACUAUAGUCUCCAAAUACAUGAAAGAGCCCAUACUGGAGAGAAACCAUAUGAAUAUAAACAGUGUGGUAAAGGCUUUGCAGAUGACAAUAGUCUUCAAAUACAUGAAAGAACCCACAUUGAAGAGAAAUCCUAUGUAUGUAAUCCAUUUGGUAAAGCCUUUGUAUGUCACAAUGCUUUUCAAUGUCGUAAAAGAACACAUACUGGCCAGAAACCCUAUGAAUGUAAUCAGUGUUGUUAAUCCUUUACAUACCACAGUAUUCUUCAAUGCCAUAAAAGAACACAUACUGGGAAGAAACCCUAUGUAUGUAAUCAGUGUGGUAAAGCCUUUGAAUGCCCCAGUACUCUUCAUAUGCAUAAAAUAAUUCAUACUGGAGAGAAACCCUAUGAAUAUAAUGAUUGUGAUAAAAGCCUUUGCACAACACAGUAAUCUUCAAAGUCAUAAAAGAACACAUACUGGGGAGAAAGCCUAUGAAUGUAAGCAAUGUGGUAGAGCCUUUGUAUAUUACAGUCUUCUUCAGUGCCAUAAAGAGGCACAUACUGGGGAGAAACCCUAUUAAUGCAAUCAGUGGGGCAAAGCCUUUGCACACCACAGUACUCUUCAAAGGCAUAAAAGAACCCUUCGUGUAGAGAAACCCUAUGAAUGUAUUGAUUUUGGAAAAGCCUUUGCAUGUCUCCUUACUCUUCAAAUGCAUAAAAGAACACAUACUGGAGAGAAACCCUAUAAAUGCCAUCAAUGUGGCAGAUCAAAGUACUCUUCAAAGGCAUAAAAGAACCCAUACUGGAGAGAUACCCAAUGAAUGUAAUGGUUGUUGGUAAGCCUUUGCAUGUCUCAGUACUCUUCAAAUGCAUAAAAGAACAUACUGGAAAGAAGCCCUGUUUGUAAUCAAUGUAAUAAAGCCUUUCAAUGUUACAGUAGUCUUCAGAGGCAUAAAAGAACACUUAGUGGAGAGGAAAUCUAUGAAUGAAAUCAGUGCAGUCAAGCUUUUUUUUUAUGUGACAGUAGUCACUGAAAACAUGAAAGAUCCUUUACUGCAGAGAAACCCUUUGUAUGUAGUCAGUGUGGUAAAUCCUUUCUAUGUCAUAGUACUCUUCAAAUGCUUAAAAUAGCACAUAUUGGAGAGAAAGCCUUUGAAUGUAAUCUGGUAAAGCCUUUGCAUGUAUCAGGAAUCUUCAAAACCAUGAGAAAAAAUCAAAUUGCAGAGAAACCCUGUAAAUGCAGUCAGUGUGGUAAAGUUUAGCACUUUAUACAUUAGUAAAACUCUUUGUGUGCAAUCUAUCUGUUUAAGCCUUUAUAUAUUGUAAUAGUCUUUGACCAUGUGAAAGCCAUGAAAAAGAGGGUUUCUCUUUUUAUAAUAUUUUUAAUUAAAAUAUUUUUCUUUCUUUUUA